CCCUGUGAAUGGCCACGGACGCUUGCAUUCAGCUGUUGGAAUUUAUGCAUUUCCAAAUCGACGACCAGACCAGAUCGGCCGAAUAAUGAAGACAGAGUCCAACGAGAAGUGGAUUGUGUGCCGGGUGUGCCUGAAUGGCGAUGGCGAGGAGAUGCUCCACGAGAUAUUCAGCCAGACGGCCAGCACUCGCCUGGACCAGAUGCUGCACAUCUGCGCAGGGGUACCAGUCAGCCAGGAUGACAACUUCCCCGAUAAGAUGUGCAGCAAGUGUAUGCGCUGCCUGCGACUGUCCUAUAAGUUCCGGCUCACCUGUCAGCGGUCCCACCAACACGUCAUGGACAUGCUUGCCCGGGAGGCCAGGAACACCAAUGUGCCAGGCGGCGAGGCGGAUAGCCAGAAUCUCUCAGAUGACUUUACUGCUGAAAACGUGUUCAAGGUUUGGGAGGAGGACACGAGCCAGCUUGAUGACGCCUUGAAGGAGGAAGAGGCUCAUCAAGAACAGGAAACCCAGGAGAUGAUCACAUACGUGGUGGAGGGAGCCGAGGGUGAAGAAACCAUCAUAUACGAUGGCAGCAGCGAGGCAGAGCACACGGAGGUUGUCUUUGAUACUGUACAGUCCGGUAUUGAGGAGACGGAAGCCUAUGCGGAGUACGAGGAAUUCGAUGAAAUAAUCCCCGUCGAUAAUACCUCGCCCUUGCCAUCCACGCCAACGGAUCAAGAAUCUAGAACGCGCUUAGCCAGUGGAGAAAUCCGUACGGAGCAACUGCCCGACAAUAAUAUGACGGAAUUUGUUCUUAGCUCCGAUGAAAACGAAAGUGUAGCCGGGGAAAAGCCCAAAUCCAAAGUGCCUGUCAACAGGCAGCGGUCUGGAAAAAAGCUAGCCCAGGCCAGCCGAUCCACCGCCGAUGGAGACAUCGUUGACCGGAAGCUGGGCCGAAAGCCAAGGGAGAAGCACAGCACAUACAUCUGCGAUGUAUGCGGAAAUAUCUAUCCCACCCAGGCCCGUCUCACCGAGCACAUGAAGUUUCACUCGGGUGUAAAGCCCCAUGAAUGCGAGAUUUGCGGUCGUGGCUUUGUUCAAAAUCAACAGCUGGUGAGGCACAUGAACACCCAUACUGGGAACCGGCCUUACAAGUGCAAUUACUGCCCAGCUGCGUUUGCCGAUCGUUCCACAAAGACCAAGCAUCAUAGAAUUCACACCAAGGAGCGCCCCUAUGAGUGUGAUGUGUGCUCAAGGACCUUCACGUACUCGGACAAUCUGAAGUUUCACAAGAUGAUCCACACGGGGGAGAAGCCGCACGUUUGUGAUCUUUGUGGAAAGGGUUUUGUGAAGGCCUACAAAAUGCGCUUACAUCGGGUGACGCAUGAACGCCGUGGUCAGUGGAAGUCGACGUCAGAUGUGGAGAUGAAGAACACUGCGGAGACAGAGACGCCAGAAAAGCACGGUAACUGGAAGGCAUCAGCUGUCGAAAUGAAUACAGAGGAUGAAUUCGUUAAGGAAGAGAUAACGGAGUUCCUUAGUAGUUAGUUCCAAGCUAAGAUUGUGUUUCUAACAAAAUUUAAUUACUACAAUCGACGAAGCAAUGUAAAAUUCCUUGCUUUUAUAUUAUAAUCAGUUUGAAACCUAGAUUUACUUUGAACAUCUUAGAAGAAAAGUCUCCAUAUGUAUAUAUUGAUCUAUGUAUUUAGUAAUUCUUAUCAAUGAUGUUCUUAGUCUUAAGAGUAGUUAAUCUAGCUUACGAAGAUCGUAUAUUUUAAAAUAUCAAUACUUGAAGGAUAAUGUUAUGUUAAAAAAAACUUGAAAAUUAAAUUUUGCUUAUUUUCCACACACACA